AUGCAACCCCCCUGUGAACAUGAAGACACAAACUUGCUGCUCCAGCCACUGUUUGAGGGACAGAAUUAUGGAGCUGCUGCAGAGGAUGGCACAGAGUGUCCAUCAGUGGCUGUGUCAAGGAACAAUCCAGCAAAGAGGGAUUGCCUGGUAGUUGCUGUGCUGUGCUUUGGGAAUUUAAUAAAUUUCAUUGAUUGGUUCAUUGUGCCAGGGAUCCUGUUGGAUAUACAGAAAUACUUCAGGCUCAGUGAUGGGAAGACAGGUCUACUGCAGACAGUCUUCACCUUGUGUUACAUGCUGGCUGCCCCCAUCUUUGGAUACCUUGGAGAUCGCUACAACAGGAAGAUCAUCCUUGGAGCUGGUAUUUUCUUCUGGUCUGGUGUGACCUUGGGGAGCUCAUUCAUCACUGAGUCACAUUACAGGAUAUUUGUUCUUUCGCGAGGAUUGGUUGGCAUUGGCUCUGCCAGUUACUCCACUAUAGCACCUACCAUCAUUGCAGACCUGUUUGAGGAAGGAAAAAGGACCACAGUGUUAUCUAUCUUCUACAUUUUCAUUCCAGUGGGAAGUGGCUGUGGUUAUAUGCUGGCAGCUGGCAUGGCAAAAAGCACAGGUGACUGGCACUGGGCAUUCAGGGUAACUCCUUGCAUGGGAGGACUGGCACUGCUUCUCCUGAUUCUACUGGUCCCUCACAAGAUCCAGAGAAAGACAGCAGCACACAGAGCACUGAGCAUCUCUGGCAUGAUAGGAAGAGCAGAUGAGAAGCCAGAUGUACACAGAACUACCAAGACUACUUGGUGUCAAGAUGUGGGAUCACUGGUCAAGAACUGUAGUUUUGUCUGUUCCUCACUGGGUCUCACUGCCAUGGCCUUUGUCACUGGAGCCCUGGGAAUGUGGAUGCCUCUGUUUCUGUACAGAGCUCAGGUUGUGCAGGGCCUUGUCCCACCAUGCCUCCAAGACUCGUGCAAUUCAUCUAACAGCCUUAUAUUUGGAGGCAUCACCAUUGGGACAGGAAUCUUGGGUAUUAUUGCUGGGGCAGAAGCUGCAAGACGUUUAAGGAAGAUAAACAACAAAGCUGAUCCUCUGAUCUGUGCCACAAGCAUGUUCAUUUCUGCCCUGUGCCUCUACAUAGCUCUGAUGGUGGCCCAGACAAACAUCCUUUCCACUUUUAUUUUUAUUGCACUUGGAGAACUGUUUUUGUCUGUAAACUGGGCUGUUGUGACAGACAUACUGCUGUACGUGGUGACGCCGAGGCGACAGUCCACAGCCAUCGCCCUGCAGAUUUUGGUGAGCCACUUGCUGGGAGAUGCAGGCAGCCCAUACCUCAUCGGGGCUAUCUCCAAUGCUAUCCAGGCCAGGAACGUCCCCUCGUUGCAGUGGAGUUUCUGGAGCAUGCAGUACAGCUUUGUCACCUGUGCCUUUGUUGGCGUCUUUGGAGGAGGAUUUUUCCUCCUGACAUCUUUCUACGUCGAGGAAGAUCGGAAAGAAGCACAGAGGCUCUGAGGUGUCUGUGUUUAUAACUGUGAAACCUGGAUGUGGUGGCCUGUUUGACACCAGCCACGGGAUUGUCUCUGUAACAUUAAACCAUGUUAAUGUCUGCCUUACGGUAAUGCCACGUCAGUGUCUAUAAAAAAGAUAAGGACAAAAUCCCAGUGAAGUCCCAGAUUAAACAAACCUUCCACACUGAGCAAAACAGACCACAGAGCUCACAAGCAAAAUGCAGUUAGUACAAAAUGCUGCAGUAUGUGGAAAUAACAUCCUUUACUGUAGUGCACCCCUGCAGACUUCAUGGAACAUGAGGUUCUUUAUCUGUAGCCCUAUAGAACCAGUCUUGUCUCUCUGUAGCACUUCUCCCUCUUAUAAAAAGUAUAAAAUAUUUAGAGAAAACCUUUUGAAUUGGACAGA